AUGAUGUCUAUUGCAAACAAAAUGAGAGUUGUUGAAAUGCUUGAUAACAAUGGAACCAAGACCUCUAAGAUGGGCUCCUCCCCCACCUCGCUGAGUUCCCGAGUUCCUGAGUCGUUUGCAUCGGCAGCGGUAGUGACACAUAUUGCCCGGAGGAUGGAGGACACCGGCUUACCCCGUGUGGUUCCCAGCGACCUGUAUCCCCUUGUGCUCGGCUUUCUGCACGAUAACCAACUCUCAGAGGUGGCCAAGAAGUUCGCCAAGGCAACAGGCACUACCCAGCAGGAUGCCAAUGCCUCUUCCCUCUUGGACAUCUAUAGCUUCUGGCUCAGUAAAUCCACCAAGGCUCCAAAGCGGAAAUUACAAGCAAAUGUACCUGGACCAGUGACUAAGAAGGCUAAAAAGACUUCAUCCAGUGAUAGCAGUGAAGACAGCAGUGAGGAGGAGAAAGCCCAAGGGCCUCCAGCUAAGGAAGUUUCUGUACCUGCCAAGCGUGCCAGUCUCCCUCAGCAUCCUGGAAAGGCUUCAGCCAAUGCAUCAGAGAGCAGCAGCAGUGAAGAAUCCAGUGAUGAGGAGGAGGAAGAGGAGGACAAAAAGCCAAAGCCUGUCCAGGGAGUUAAGCCCCAAACCAAGGCGGUCAAAACUCCUCCUAAGAAGGCCGAGAGCUCUGAUUCUGAUUCUGACUCAAGCUCAGAAGAUGAGGCACCAAAGAGCCAGAAGCCAAAGGCAACAUCCGUGGCGGCAAAAGCUCAGGCUAAAGCCCCAGCCAAACCAGGCACCCCCACUCGAGCAGCACCUAAAGUAGCGUGUGGCAAAGCAGCUAGCAGUAGUAGUAGCAGCAGCAGCAGCAGUAGCAGCAGCGAUGACUCAGAGGAGGAGAAGGCAGCAGCCAUCUCUAAAAAGACUGUGCCUAAAAAGCAAGUAGUGUUCAAGGCUCCAGUGAAAGCAGCUGCCGCCCCUACCCAAAACAGUUCCAGCAGUGAGGACUCCUCGAGUGAGGAGGAGGAAGAGGAGCAGAAAAAGCCCAUGAAGAAAAUACCAGGUCCAUAUAGUUCAAUCCCUCCGCCUUCUGCUUCCCCACCCAAAAAGUCCCUGGGAACCCAGGCUCCCAAGAAAGCUGCAGAGAAGAAACAGCCUGAAGAGAGCAGUGAUGACAGCAGUGAUGAAUCUGAUUCAAGUUCUGAAGAAGAAAAGAAGCCGCCAGCUAAGCCAGUCAUCUCUAAAGCAGCCACUAAACUAGCUCCAGCAAAGAAGACAGCAGAGAGCUCUUCCGACAGCUCAGACUCUGACAGUUCUGAGGAGGAAGCUCCUGCUAAGUCAGCUAGUGCCACCAAAAAUCCUUCAAGUAGGCCAGCUACCACUCCCAAGCAGCCUGCAGCCAAGACAGCCACAGCUCUCAAGCAGCCUGCAGCUAAGAGAGCCACAGCUCUCAAGCAGCCUGCAGGCAGUGGCCAGAAGCCUCUGAGCAGAAAGGCUGAUAGCAGCACUAGUGAGGAGGAGAGCAGUUCUAGUGAGGAGGAGGAGGAGGACAUGGGGAAUGCGAAGAAGACAGUGACCACACCUAAGGCCAAGGUGAUGGCCAAAGCAGCGCUAUCUGUGCCUGCCAAACAGGCCUCUCAGGAUGGUGGAGAUAGCAGCUCUGAGUCAGACAGCUCUAGCAGUGAGGAAGAGGAGGAAGAGAAGGCAUCUAAACCCCUAGUUAAAAAGAAGCCACAGAAGACAGCAGGAGCUGUAGCCCCUACCAAGCCAACCUCCACAAAGACAAUAAAGACCAAGAGCAGCAGCAGUUCUUCAGAUGACUCCAGUGAAGAAGAGGAGGAGGAAGAGGAGGAGAAGCCCAAGGGCAAGGGUACUCCUAAACCACAGGCCCUCAAAACCAAUGACACUGUUGCACCGACUGCCCAGAAUGGGAAAGCAGAUAGGAACAGCAACAAGCAGGAGGAAGGAAAGACCAAGGCAGCAGUAGCAGUUUCUAAGCCAGGUUUAGGAAAGAAACGAAAGCAGAAUGAGGCUGCCACAGAGGCAGAGACUCCUCCAGUCAAGAAGAUAAACCCUCAGACCCCUAACACAUUUCCAAAAAGGAAGAAAGCAGAAAAAAGGGUAUCAUCCCCAUUCCGAAGGAUCAGGGAGGAGAAAAUUGAGGUGGAUGCUCGAGUGGCAGACAACUCCUUUGAUGCCAAGCGAGGUGCAGCCGGAGACUGGGGGGAACGAGCCAAUCAGGUCCUGAAGUUCACCAAAGGCAAAUCCUUCGGGCAUGAGAAGACCAAGAAGAAGUGGGGCAGUUACCUGGGAGGCUCCAUUUCUGUUCAGGUUAAUUCAAUCAAGUUUGACAGCGAGUGA